UUAUCAGGAAGUCCCGGAUGAGGCUCUCUGCUCGUCCUGUAUGAGCGCCAGUGGCAGGUGAGCCAACGUGCACUCUUUUACCUGUAAACACAAGACAAACAAAACAUGGAAACGACACAGGGGACGCAGUUUCUCAGAUUCCCGCUUCAGACGCGACUUCAGAGCCGGUAAUGAAACUUCAGUGAGUCGUCAUCGUUCACAGGAGAUACAUUUGUAACGUCGCUGUGAUUGUCAUUGUGCGGGACGCUCUUUUGAUAUGAUACUGCAGAUCAGAUCCUGAUCCAUCACCCUGAUACUCACAGUGUUGUCACACACAGCGCGGUGGAGCUUACACAUGUAAUAAGAUAACCAGCAAACCCAGUGACCAGAACACCGGCUCCUCCAUCAUCAUCCUCCAGCAUGGCGAGCCAGGACCCGGUCAACCCUUCACACGCCACCUUUGACCUCUUCAUGCAGGCGCAGACCUGUAAGGAUGUGAAGCAGCACUUUGCGGAGCUCUGCAAGCAGCUGGACAUCAACCCUAAAGACUUCAAGAGCUUUUACAGCAAGUUAAAGGAACGACUGAACUACUGGAAGGCCAAAGACCUGUGGAAGAAGCUGGACAAAAGAGCAGUUCACCAAGAGUACCAGCAAGGGAAGGCGUGCGCCAAAAACAAGUGCCUCGUGUUGGGCGCUGGACCAUGUGGGCUGAGGACGGCCAUCGAGCUGUCCCUGCUGGGCGCUCAGGUGGUGUUGUUGGAAAAGAGAGAGUUCUUCUCCAGAAACAACGUGCUCCACCUUUGGCCCUACACCAUCUGCGACCUCCGCGGGCUCGGGGCGAAGAAGUUCUACGGGAAAUUCUGCACCGGGUCUCUGGAUCACAUCAGCAUCCGUCAGCUGCAGCUCAUUCUUUUGAAAGUGUCACUUCUCCUCGGGGUGGAGGUUCACACCGGAGUGGAGUUUCGGGGUUUGAUUGAGCCCUCAGGAGACAAUGGGUGGAUGGCAAAGCUGCAGCCCGGGUCUCAUCCCGCUACAAACUUCCAGUUUGAUGUCUUCAUCUCUGCUGGAGGAGGCAGGUUUGUCCCUGAUGGAUUCAAGCACAAAGAGCUGAGAGGAAAACUGGCAAUCGGCAUCACUACCAACUUCAUCAACAGAAACACGGCAGCGGAGGCUCAGGUCGCAGAGAUCAGCGGGGUGGCUCGCAUCUACAACCAGAAGUUCUUCCAAGACCUGCUCACUCAGACGGGUAUUGAUCUGGAAAAUAUUGUCUACUACAAGGACGACACCCACUACUUUGUCAUGACUGCCAAGAAGAAGAGCUUGCUGAAGAAGGGGGUCAUUAAACAGGACUUCAGCGAUGCGGACGAGCUGCUGGCUCCCGCUAACGUUGAUUUCGAGGCUCUGUGUCGAUACGCGCAGGAUGCCGCCUGCUUCGCCACAGGCGGCAAACUGCCUGACCUCCAGUUCGCUAAGAACCCGUCAGGUCAGCCGGACGUGGCCAUGUUCGACUUCACCUGCAUGCACCGGGCCGAGAACGCCUCUCUGGUCAGGGAGAGGAGGGGGAAGAAGUUGCUGAUGGGUCUGGUUGGAGAUUGCCUGGUGGAGCCUUUCUGGCCUCUGGGCACGGGGAUCGCUCGAGGGUUUUUAGCGGCUUUUGACACAGCGUGGAUGGUGAGGAGCUGGGGCAUGGGGGUUCCGCAUCUCAAGGUCCUGGCUGAGCGAGAGAGUACCUACCAGGUCCUCUCCCAGACUACACCAGAAAACACCAGCAAGAACUACGCUGCUUACACCAUCGACCCCAAAACACGCUACACCAGAGUCAACAUGUCCUCCAUCCACAGCCACCAGGUUCAUCACCUGUAUGACAUGGACAAAUUCAACCCCUCUAUCAAGAAACCGAAGAGUAACCCGUCUCCCAUGCGUCAAGAUUCGGUCAGCGGUUUUGAAGAGUUGUUGAAAUGGUGCCAGAUUCACACGGCAGGUUACAAGAACGUGAAUGUGAAAGAUUUCACUCAAUCCUGGAGGUCUGGACUGGCUCUGUGUGCGAUGAUCCACCACUUCAGACCUGAGCUCCUCGACAUGUCCUCUCUGGACGAGUCCAGCGCUGUUCACAACAACCAGCUGGCCUUCAGAGUCUUGGAGAAGGAGCUGGGCAUCCCUCCUGUGAUGUCUGUUGGUGAUUUAGCAAACAGCGGACAGAUAGACACGUUAUCCAUGGUCUGCUACCUCACACAGGUCAAAAAAGCCUUCACUGAUCCCAAGAAAGACUCUGCGACUCUCUUGCCGUUGUCCAAGCCUCUCACUCUCUCCCAGGCGCAGUCAGCUGUCUUCUUCCUGAACAAGCUCAAGCACAACUCUCUGCAAAGACGCAAGGAAAAGUUAACAGCUGAGAAAAGAGGAAGAGCAAGUGAAAAAAGGAUGGGAGAUGAGGACAGCACGUUGGUGCCUCCAGUGUCUCCCGAGCUCAGCCCCACACCUGAUCCAGCUCCCGAGCUCGAGCCCGACGGCGAUUCUGCUGUGUCGCUGAUAAACAGUGAGGAGUGUUACUUCUGCGGUCAGAGGGUCUACGUGCUGGAGCGAAUCAGCGCCGAGGGGAAGUUCUUCCACCGCAGCUGCUUCACCUGCCACAAGUGUAGCAUCACGCUCAGACUGGGAGGUUACACCUUCGACCAGACGACAGGGCGGUUUUACUGCGAGCUGCACUCUGAAGAGCUGGAAAUGGGAAACGGGGCAGCAGAGGCAUCGUGCGAGGAUGGCAUAGGAACUCUCAAAGAAGAAGAAGAAGAGAACGAGCUCUCCGGUGAUGAUUACACUCUGUCUCCGUCUGACGAGGAGUUCGAGUACACUCUGGAGUGUGACUCGCAUAAAUCUAAAGGAGAGGAUGAACCUGAGUCCGAAGAAACAUCUCAAGAACCUCCAGAUACGUGCAUAGAUUCUUGGUCUAAACCCGAGGAGGAGACAGAGGAGCUGAUCCCGAAGCCUGUCCCGAAGCCUGUCCCGAAGCCCCGCGUCUUCCGACAGACCACACCCAGCCCUCACCCCUCUCCUCCGACCGCAAAACCUCGCACGAUCCACCUUUCAGACCCCCCGACUCCAGAAAAUCAUCCGUCUCCUACGCCUACAAAAGGGAGCUCCAAGUCGGCUCCGGACUCCCGCCCCAAGCAGUCGCUCAAAAAGCUCCAGCUGACGGCGGAGGAGAAAAGCCAGCUGGUGAAUCUGCAGAGUUUAAGCGCCGACUCGGACUCGGAGACCCCCGGGGGGUCGUCCUCCUGCUCCUCUUCCUCUGCUACCGCAGGGGGUCCGAGCCCGCCGAAAGCAGAGGGCCUGGACGGCCAGGAGGAGGAGGGCUAUUGGAGCGGGAGCACGGCCGGGCACAUGCGGGAAAAGAGGAACCGGCGCUGCUUCAGGAGGAAAGAGAUGCCGGAAGGGCACACCCGAGUGCGGUCGAAGUUUUCCCCUUGGAAUCUGUCGUCUCCGAGGAUCAGCAGAGACACGCGGCUCAGUGUCCACAUCAAUCACCCGGGGAGAGUGGAAACAACAUUCAGACAUGUUCACAGCGCCUCGGAGGAAGGCGUCGACGGAGACGAUGGAGACGAUGAUGACGAUGACGACGACGACGACGAUGAGAUGUUUGGACAAUACGACUUUGACUUAUAUGAUGAGAAAUUUCAGUCGGUGCCGUCGGACCCCGUCGAGGCGGAGAAGUUGGAGCUGAUGAAGAUGAGGACGCUGGAGCGACGAGCAAAGAUGAGCGAGUUACAGCGUCUGAGGAAAGCCCAGUCCAUCCAGAGGAGACUGGAGGAGAUCGAGGUGACCUUCAAGGAGUUGGAGGAGAAAGGUGUUGUGCUGGAGCGGACUCUUCGAGGAGAGGCUGGCAGCGCCGGCUCUCCUGAAAUGAUCGAGGAUUGGAUCCUGCUCGUCCACGAGAAGAACGCUCUGGUGUCUGAGGAGUCUGACCUCAUGGUGGCGUCUCGACAGCUGGAGCUGGAAGACAAGCAGGGCGCGCUGGAGGUGGAGCUCAGGAAGUACAUGAAGCUGGAGGGGAAGACAGCCGAGCAGGAGGAGGAGGAGGAGCGGGUCCUGCAGCAGAUGAUCGAGGUGGUGGACAUGAGGGACUCGUUGGUGUCCUUUCUGGAGGAGAAGAGGCUGAAGGAGAUCAGCGAGGAGCAGGAGGCUUUCUCCAUCAGGGAGGCCAAACGGCACUCCAAGGCAGGAGCUCAGGUUCACUGGGCGUAGGGCUUUUCACACACACACACACACAAACACACACAUUUAAAAAAAAAAAAAAAAACAACUCUCUAGUAGAUUUCCUUUACAUGCUGUUUACAAGACCUGCUGCUUUCAGACUCAGAACCUGAAACUAUUGAAAGCCAAAGAUGAAGCGUCUGCGGAGGGCGACCCCACCACAAGCCGUCUUUUCUUUUAUCCAACCAGGAUGAAGAAUUCAGGCUUUAUUAUCGCCCCCCGGGGCGGAGAGAGAUUUUCAGCCACAAUCCGCCCCCCCUAGAGGGAGACAUAAGCCCGGAGAUGUGAGGCUUUUAAGCUCUGCCUGCAGUCAUUGCGGGGUCACUGCUACGGACCACAUAUGAGACGGAACUCCUCGUGUUUGCUGCGCUAUUUAACAACCUUCACACAGCGGAUCAUCAUCAUCAUCAUCUCGCAGCCUGGGACCUUUUUCCCCGGGAAACUUCCGAUCGUUUGUGCAGAGCAGCAUUUUGAGAGGAUCCUGCAGAAACUGGCUGCGGAGCUUUAGCGGUGGAUGCUGACUUUGUCGUCCAUGUUUGUUUUACUUGUGACAUCAAAGAAAAAGUGCUACUGUACACAAUGACAUACUUAUACACAUAUCAUAUUCUAUGUUUAGUAUUUGUAUACUGAAUAAAUUAUAGACAGAUUACAAAAGGAAACCAAGAAGUAGAUAAAAUAUUAGAAUUAUGAGAUGACGUUAUCAGUCUUUGAUUUUAUUCUUCAGUUUAUUGAUGAAUUUUUCUGACUUUUGUAGCACUUUCUGCUUCUUACCGCGUUCUUCCCUGUGAGCAUGUUGGACCUCAGGGGUGAUGGUUCAGUCCUCUCGGAUCAGAUUUUUGGGGAUUUUCACUGUUGGCCUUCCACAGUCAGCUGCUCUUUAAUUGUUGGUGUAUUAUAUUAACACAGCGGGUUUUGGGGGAGGGGUGAGAAGGAAUGGUUUUCAUCUAUUCCUAAAAGGUAUUAAUCCUCUGCAGGUGUUCCUGUUCAGACACAAAAGAGCGGUUUGUUGUUGGUUAAAAAGGAGCCUUAUUAUAGUCUUUUAUUGUUCUGCUGCCAUUUCUGUGCCGCCUGGACGGCACUUCACAGUAUAUCAAAUAAAAUUCAUGCACUUUGA